GGACCCCUGUCUUUAUCGAAUCACCGUGGGUGCGGGGGUGAGAUAGGGUGAGGGUACUUAGGACCCUGAUCUGGAGCAAGAGGGGGUCGGUGGGACCAGUGGAUGCAAGACCGUCUGGGCUCUCUCCCUCAGGGAGGGUGGCGCAGGCACGGCACACGAAAGGAGGAAAGGAAGAAGUUGGUCCGAGGCUGGGCAACAGGCUAUGAUGCUCAUUUCCUGUGUGGAUGGAGAUAGAAGAGAGGAAAGGUGCCAGCCGGCAGCAAGUGGCCAUUCCUGGGAAGACUGCACCAUCUACUCCAUAGAGCUACCGAGUGGAGAGGCACAGAGCAGCCAAGAAGCUUUUCACUGUGAAACCGGGAUCAGCUUGGGUUUCCGACAAGCUGCUUGUCUGAAGGUCAGGAUAGGAAUCCUAGAACUGAAAAAUAUAUUCUACUACAAGAGGCUGUCUUCGAAGAUGGCCAGGAAGCUGCAGCUGAUGAAGAGGCUACAGCUGACUUGCCUUUUGAUUUGGAGGGGGCAGCAAGAGCACAGUACAUUUAUUCUUGCUCACGUCCAGCAGUGACUUCUUGCCUGUUGCUGCUUGGGGCAAUCACAGUCUACAGGCUUGCACUGACACUGAUCUUUUCCCCCCUCACCAGCCAUAACUUCUGGGGCAUGCUCUUGUCUUCUGGCCAAUGCCACUACUUGUUGUCACAGGCAGCGCACAUCCAGCUAUGAAGGCCCAUCUGUCUCUUGCUGCAUUGCUACUCUCUCUCUCUCUCUCUCUCUCUCUCUCUCUCUCUCUCUCUCUCUGCCCCCUCCAGCACCAAACCUAUCUGCUUUGUCUCCUCCUGAAACUGAGGAGAGAAAACAAACAAGUUUGAAGAUGGAUAGAUAGCAGGUGGAGAGAGCCAGGUACUGGUGCUGGGCCACUGGCAACCGCAAAAGACAGGGGCCGGCAAAGGUGAAUGCACACUGCUUGCUACAGAAAGCAGCACUGGGCAGAGGACAGAGUGCCCCCUGGAAGGUGAGGCCAGCAAGAGAUGAGAAAAACAAGGGACAGUGUCAUCACCGGGCUCCAGCCCAGGGAGGAGGGCUGGUGAGGGGAAAGAGAAAUAGGGACAGCAACAGAGAGGAGGAGGAGCAGGAGCAGGCGCAGGAAGCAGAUAGAUGAGGGUGAUGCCUGCAGCAGAGGGUCUUUGCUUGCUGGCCCAUGGCACACUCGCCACCUGAGGCCUUCACCUCAGUAGAGCUACCCCUGUUCCUCUGCACAGAAUCUGAGCCCAAUUCAGAAUGCUGGUUAUCAUCUGGUUUCCCCCACUCUGCUACCUGAGGGAUCCUUUCACUGGAUCUGCCAGGAAUCAAGCCAGCUCCUCCUGGAGACAAGGUGCAUGCUAUACCACUGAGCUAUGCUCUCUUUGCAGCCUACAGCCCAUCUCAAGCCUCCCUAACUGCCUCUUCCUAACUGCCUCUUCCUAACUGCCUCACCAAAUUUAGCCUCUUCCCCAUUCCUUACCAUGGGCUUGCACCAUUUCUUUACCCUUCUCAAUGGGUGUCAGGUUGCCAGCACCUCUGUCCCAACCACGGUGUUUCUCUGUGACAGAUAUUGUUCGUGCCCACUGAUGAGUCCAUGUGCAUAGUCCCAUAAGGAAACGUGGCAACUGGGGUUGGGAUGCUGAUCACCACUUGGAGUUCCCAAUGCACAGGGGGAAUGGUGGCUCUGGGGUAGACGAUCAAUGGGCAUGCUGCCCUGCCCCAUUUCAAUGGGGAAUGUUUGCCUAAAAGGACAUCACCAUCAUAGUGCAGCAGUAUUUCAGUUCCAAAUCAAAAUGCCAGGGGCUCUGCGAGCAACAGGACUUUAAAGUGAGAGCUGAUGUAGGGCAAUGGUUAAGGGAAUGAGCUGAGAAUCAGGACUUCCCUGGUUCUCAUCUCUGCCAUGAGCUUAUUACAUACCUCAGGAGGCUGAUGUAAAGAUGACCACAAUUCACACUUUGAAAGCUUGUGAAGUGCUGUACAAAUGCUAAGUACUAUUCUAAACAAACUGUCCCUCUAAGAAUUCAGAACCAAAGUAUAACACAAAAGACCACAGAAAGAUGGGACUGAAAUGAAAGUCUUCCAGCUGUACUAAUGAGCUGUGCAAAUCAAAUUGUCCCAAUGUUGAUCAAUCAUUUUAUUAGGGUUGAGGAAUCAUCCUUAUCAGAGGAGGAACUCAGCCUAGACUGACUAGCAUCCAUCUCUGCUUUCCUUAUUCUUGCAGUUAACCUCCCCACCCAACAUGGAAGAGGCUGAGGCCCACUCCCCUUUCAGUGAGUACAGCGACUACCAGAACAUAACAGAGCUCAUCCACCUGUUCAACGACACUUAUGAGUACUGUGAUCUGGGGCUGAAUGAGAAUGCAAUACGGGUGUCCCUCUUUAUCCUCUACCUCAUCAUCUUUGUGGUAGGGUUAGUGGAGAAUCUCUUGGUUAUCUGGGUCAACUGGCAGACUCGAAGCCGUAGGAACCUGAUCAACCUCUACAUCCUCAACAUGGCCAUUGCCGACUUAGGAGUGAUCCUCUCCUUACCCAUCUGGAUGCUGGAAAUCAUGCUUGAUUAUACCUGGCUCUGGGGAAGCUUUCUCUGCCACUUCACACACUACUUUUACUUUGCCAACAUGUACAGCAGCAUCUUCUUCCUCACCUGCCUCAGUGUUGACCGCUAUGUGACCUUGACAACCUCUUCCCCCUUCUGGCACCGACACCAACACACGGCACGACGCAUCGCCUGCUGCUGCAUAUGGGCUUUCGCUGCCAUUGUCCCUUUGCCAGAGGUGGCACACAUGGAGUUGAUCAACAGCUUUGAGCCAUUAUGUGUCUUCAUAGCACCCUUUGAGAAAUACAAUGACUGGGCCUUGGCUCUCUCUCUUCUCGCCAUCCUCAUUGGGUUCCUCAUCCCCUUCUCUGUCAUUGCAGUCUUCAACAUACUGACAGCCAGACACAUCCAGCGCUGCAACAAGCCAGAGGGCAGGAAGCACUGCCGCCUCAUCUAUGCCUACAUUAUUGUCUUCCUCAUCUGCUGGAUGCCAUACCACCUGGGCAUUUUUUUGAUCUUGUUAGAUAGUGCCAGCAUCUUCAUCAACUGCUACUUGAUCAGUUUCGUCUUCUACUUCUAUGAAAUCAUAGACUGCUUCACCCUCAUCCAUUGCCUCGUCAACCCCAUCUUGUAUAACUUCUUGAGCAAGAACUUCCGAGGGAAGCUAAUCUCUGCUGUGGUCAGGUACAUCCCCAAAGACCAAAUUGGUCAGAAGGGUGGAGAGGAUUCCUCUAAUACCCAGCACUCCAUUGUCAUCACAAAAGACAACAUCUCGCCAAAUUAAGCAAACCUGUUGCUCUCCUCAGCUUCGUCAUCAUUGUCUCACAACAAAGAUCCUAUGUAUGCAGAAUUUUCUCUCACUGACAAUGGGCAGGUUUCAUUAAAAUGCUGUCCUUCGAAUUGUCAUCCAUGCAUCCUGAGUAGGGCCAUGCAGGAACAAAUAAAAGGGAGAUUAAGUGUUGCUGUAUUAAAUCUUCAUGGCUUAACAAAUUGAGAGAAAGCUGUUCUCUUCAUUCUCAUCCCUACCCCAGAUCUGUGGUAAUACAUUGUUUUCUGCUACUCUGAAACUUUACCAUGAUUGUUCAGAUAAGACACAUUUCUGUGAAUUUCCUCUUAUUUGUACAGAAUUUUGAAUGAAACUUACAUUCUGAAAACA